UAACAACGCAUCAAUAACGAUAUCCUAACUCAUAAUUCCCAAUAAUAUCCAACUUUACUAUCCAAGUAAUAAAGACAAUGAAGUUGUUGUAACUACUAACUUUAGUAAACACAUAGUUGAUAUUAAUCUAUGUUAUAUAGUAAUCAAAUUAAAAUUACUAUUUACACAAUUUAUUUUACUAACUUCAAUUAACCUAACGUAACUAAUAAAUAGCUUAAUUAAAAAUGUUUAACAAAUUUAUUUAUGUGUAAUAAUUUUCAAUACGAUAAUUCAAUAUAAAAAAUUUUUAAAAAUAAUACUCACGUAUUUUUAACGGCAUUAAUAAUUAGAGUAAUAUGUCCAAAGAAGUAAUGAUUACUACUCCUACUACACCAGUUCAACAAGGCUUAUUUAGAAAACGAAGCAGCAGACCAGUGCACAUAAAAUCAUGGACCAUCAUGUUAAACAAAAACGGGUUUGUACGGUGUCAUCUUCAGCAUUGCCGUUACAUAGCUUAUUGCAUAGAUGACAUGAGAGAACAUUUCAAAACAUGUCGCGGAGAAGUAGCUGGAAAUUUUGUGUGCCCAACUUGUGGUGGUCAAACAACAUCGCAAGAAGCACUUGAUUAUCAUAAACAAAACAAUCAUAAAGAUUCUGAUAUAAUGUCAAUUAUUAUCAAACCCACGCUCACUGAACAACAAUUAACGUUGUGGACAACUGAUAUCAAGACUCGUGGAUAUACUCAGUGUUUCAUGCCCGAUUGUCAUUUCAUUAGUUAUAAAAUUUCUGAGCUUGAGCAACAUUAUGAAAAGUGUCUGGGUGAAGAUCCAGACACGUCGUCUAAGUUUUUAUGUCGUCAUUGUAAAGGUUAUACAUCGUCCCAACAAGCUCUACAAUUCCACCAAAACAAUCAUCAUAAAGAUUUACUGUUUCCUAUAAAACAGGAAAAUAAAGAUGAUUUUGAUGAAGAUAAUAAAAUUAAAUCUUACCCAAUGGGACAGUAUGGACAUCCAACAUCAAGUGCUACAAAUCCUGCUAGCAAAAUAGUAACAUAUUCUCAAUGGAAAAUGCAAGAAGACUUAGCUGACACGGAAUCUAUCUGUUCUGAGGUGAAUGUUAACAAUCCAACUGAUGCUCAAAUUAAAGAUUGGAUAAUAGAUUUAAAAAAUGGUUAUGUACAUUGCAAUCAUAAUUCUUGCAAAUACAUGUCAUUUGAUGUAGAUGAUAUGAAUGAUCAUUUUGCUACAUGUUUUGAACCAUAUCUAGACGAUGAAUUUGAAUGUUCUAUUUGUGGAGGUAAAACCACUUCAUCAAAUAAACUAAAAACACACCUUUUGCAUCAUCAUGAAGAAGGUUACAAACACUUAACAGAAGAGGAGUGUGGUUUUAAAUUGGUUGAAACUGAAGAUGGCUUAGAAUUGCAGUCUGAAAAUAAAGAGCCUAUAAAACGUAAAAUUGAUGAGGUUGAUGAAGAAUAUGAAGAGAAACAUUCUGUCAAACGAAAGUCAUAUGAUAUACCUUACAACCAUUUAACCAAAUGGCGUGAUGAACUAUUACGUAACAAAUUUAUAAGAUGUACUGCUGCAGAUUGUAGUUAUUUAGCUUUGGACAUGCUAGAAAUGAAACAACAUUCAGAUGAGCAUGUGGAUAGUGUUUACUGGUCCUUUAAGGAUCGCAAUUUAGAAGAUAGAGUAGCAAAUUACUGUGACGCAUGCAAUGGUCAUUUUAAAACUGUAAAACAUUUAGAUGGUCAUAAAUUAGUAUCACAUAAUAGUAGUGAUACAUCCAAUAUAGAUAGUUUGUUAAUAGAUGCCAAUGAAGAAAAUAUUGAAGACGAUGAAGAAAUUGAAGAAAUUUUUUAAGUAUUAAUAUUGAUCUAAGUUGAUAUUCUCACAUACCUACAUUAAAAUUGUAAAUACACUAUGCGUGUUCAAUUUUAUCUCGUAUCGGCCAACAGUUCAAUAUUAUACUAUUAUUGUACUAUAAAAAUAAUUUAUGUUCUUUCUUUUUUUUUGUCAUUUUUGUAGCUUCGUGAAAAAUUAAUUAAACCUGGUUUUGACAAUUAAUAUAAAUUGUUUUGUAUUAUUUUCUUAUAGCUUAGAUUAUCUAUUCAAUGUUGUUUUUUAAUUAUACCGUGUAUUAGGAAUACUGUUAGUUUCUUCUACCUUUCUUUUAGUACAUAAUU